AUGGACCCGCGUUUGGACUCCAUGCCGACAGUGCGCCGCUGGCACCACCUCUUCCGUUAUCCCUGCAUGACGGACGAGCUGAUGGACGCGACUACGUCACCGCGCGUGACGAUCAAGAACCUCGCGCAACCGCGCCUGCGUAGGUGUCCAUUGAACAUUGACACAAUCGACUGGCGUCGUGCCCGACUGCUCGGGGCCGGCACGGAUGGUUGUGUUUACCGCGUCCACUUUGGCGACCAAGGGCCGUUUGCCUUGAAGCUUUUUUGGAUCCCAGACAUUCUCCUCGAGUAUCCCGAAUACUCCGCCGUCCAUCGCGAGUGCCAAAACGCCGCACUACUACAAAUGUUACGCGCGUCCGUGGACCAAGCUGCGGCUGCGGCGGAAGCCGGCAUCACCGGUGGCACACCCAACGGACCGACCGUGCCUCCCCUCGUCGAUCCGAACCCCGUGGAUUUUUUCACAGCGUCCAACAAUCUGUUUUCAUUUUCAGAGGAGGUUCGACACAACCACCAAGUGCGAGCCGCCGAGAACAAGCCGCCGCCGUCUGGACUGGUGCCCGUAAUGAGCAUGCCGCGGUUUGUGCAGUGUUAUGGAUGGUUGCCCUGCAACGUACACGAGCUGAUGAAGAAGAUGCCGCGCCGGAUCCGCUCGUAUGGCUUCCACGUCGACCGCAAAACAUACCGCUGUUUCGACGAGGCGCGCACCGACUUCAUCGGCAUCGUGUACGAAUACAUUCAUAGUAACGACAACGACAACAGCGACGAUAGCGACGGCAGCCAAAGCGAAGAGCAGUGGCGCCAGACAACGAUUUCCCCGACAACGGCUCCAAGUGAAAAGGUUACAGCUCCGGUGGCCCGGCGUCAUAACACACGGAGUAGCACGAGACAGACUGGGCACGGGGCCGCGCCGGCCGCGGAGGAGCAUGUUAGCGGUCCUGACGAGGUCGCGCACGCCCGCCAGGCUGCAGAAGCCGCAAGGGACGCCAAGCACCGGGAACGGGUAUCUGCCGUGGCCGACUUUCUGUGGCUGGCAGGCUUCGAUUUCUGUUGCCAGCCACUAGCACGUAACUGGAAGAACGGCGUGUUGCUGGACCACUCGGAGAUCAUCGGGGCGUACUCUGCGUACUGGGACCGGUGCUCUAAAAACACCAAGUGGCUUCUGGAUUGGCUACUGACACCGUCCGAUGGAAGGCUGUGUUAA